AUGACCGAGGAUCGAAAAAUUAUUGAAUACGAGGGAAUAAAACAUUAUUUAGAGGAAGGUCAAUUGUAUCAGAUAAUUUCAAUUAGAAGCGGCGAUGUGCCUGCUGACAUCAAAACUAAAAAGCUUGAAAAACUAAGCCUUCCACAAGAAAAUCUGCUGGAUGUGUUCAAAUUUCUCGACUUUGAUCAAUUAUUGUCUUUCCAACAAACAAGUUUUUAUUUUAAAAAUAUUAUUGAUAAAUAUGGAAAGGAAUUGGCGAGGAAGAAAUUUAAGUGGCUUGGAUUUUGGAUACGUGGAAUAGAAAAUGGAAUUUCAACGUUUUUAACAUCAUUUGAGUAUGGAUAUGGAAACAUAGACACAGUUGUUUGUGAAUUGAAAGAAGAUACUUACGGGUGGAACAGAGGAUUAUAUUAUAUAAAAUUGCCAAAGCUUCCAAAAAAUCUAGAGGAAAUGGCUAUUGCUCGUUAUUUAUUCAAACUAAUUUUUAAUUGUGCUUUCGAAUAUUAUGAAAAUCAUGAUAUGAUUCGAAUUAAUCCACAAAUGAUUGACUUAUUGUUUGACUAUGGGAAUGAAACAACAAAUUUUCCUUUACAAAUACAUUUACAAGGGGCAGAACUUACUCUUCGUUGCCAUACUUCUUUAUAUUUUAUGUGGAAUUUUCUAGUUUCUAAUUAUUGUGGUGUUUAUAUUAAUUUCAUUAAUGAAGAAAGAAGUAUGGACAUUUUAUGCAAAAUUUUGACAGAAGGAGGAAAUAAAUUUUUGAAUAUUACUUUUUAUCAACUUCACUCUACUCUUUACAAUUUUAUUAUAAAGCAUAUAGAAACGUCGCAAGAAAUUACAAAAAUGGUGAAAGAAAUUGAAUUGCAAAAUAUCUCUGGACCGCGAAUUUCAAGUGAAAGAGCAGAAAAUAUUAAAAUUGAAAUUAAUGAAAAACUGAAAUUUACAACUUUCCAACUUGCCAAUAAAUUCAAUCCAAAAAUUAAAUUUUCUGUGUCAAUUAAAGAAGAUGAAGACCAGUCUGCUCAUGUGGAAGGUGGUAAUCGUGUGUUAACACGUGAGGCUAUAAUUAAAAGAAUUGAUUGA